AUGUGCGGAAGCUUCAGCAAAGACAGCAGAUUGGUCGCCACUGGGUCAAAAAAUGGGCUAGUACGAUUGUGGUGUGUAGAGACAGGGAAGUGUUGGAAAGAGCUCCCAGGACACGAGACAAUGAUAAGAAGCAUAUCGUGGGGUCAGGAUGGAAGGAUGCUGGCUGCUGUGUCACAGAACGGCACAACAAGAGUAUGGAAGGAGCCUUGGACUGAAGAAGCCUGCCAAGUGCUGGCUGGACAUGGGGAAACCAUCAAUUCCGUUUCUCUGGGGCCUGACGGAAAGAUGCUCGCUGCCGCGUCAAACGAGAAAAAAGUUUGGGUAUGGAAUGUGGAGACGGGGGAGGUCCGCUUGGAGCUGAAAGAGCAGGUCGAAGGCGGGGUGACGAGCGUAGCAUGGAGACCGGACGGAAAGAUGAUCGCCUCCGGGUCCUUAGACAAGGCGAUACAAGUGUGGGAAGUAGACAGUGGGAGGCUGUGCCGGUUGCUUGAAGGGAAGCAUGGGCACGAGGAAUACGUAACAUGUGUGAUAUGGUCGUGGGAUGGGAGAUCGCUGGCUUCUGCAUCAGAAGACAAGACCAUACGAGUAUGGAACGCCGAGACCUGGGAGCUACAACAAGUUCUCAUGGGACAUAGAGAGAGCAUAGAGAGCAUCGUGUGGGCACAGGACGGCAGGAUUAUAGCCUCUGGAUCGCCACAUGAUAAGACAGUGCGGUUGUGGGAGAUAGAGACCGGGGAGUGUCGCCAGCGGCUGGAGGGACACGAAGGGAGGGUGACGUGCCUUGUGUGGGGGACUCAAGGAAGGAUGAUCGCUUCGGGGUCGGAAGACAAGACCAUAAGAUUGUGGGACGUGGAGACAGGGGAGUGUCGACAGAUUCUCGUUGGACACACAGGAGGAGUAAAGAUGGUUGCAUGGGGGCAAGACGGGAAGACGGUCGUCUCGGGAUCAAGUGAUUGGACCGCGCGAGUGUGGAAUGUGGAGUCAGGGAGGUGCCAGCAUGUGCUGAGUGGUCAUACCGAUGAGGUGACGUGCGUUGCCUUGGAGCAGGACGAACAAAGGCUGGCUUCUGGAGCAUGGGAUGACACAGCGAGGGUUUGGGAUCUUGAGACGGGAAGAUGCAUUCAUGUACUCAAAGGACAUGGAAGGAGGCUAAGAUGCAUAGCGUGGGGGCCAGACAGAAGGAGGCUUGCUACAGGAUCUGACGAUAGCACAGUACGAGUGUGGGAUACAGCGACAGGGGAAUGCAUCCUAACGCUCGAGGGUCAUGAAGGGGCAGUAACCUGUUUGCUGUGGGAUGGGAGGACUAUCGCCUCCGGAUCCAACGAUCAUAUCGUCCGGUUGUGGGAUGCGGAUACGGGCAGGUGCCACAAGGGGCUUGAGGGGCAUACAAAUCAUGUAACAAGCAUAGCGUGGGGGCAGGACGGCCGGAGGCUUGCCUCGGCUUCAGUCGAUAAGACAGUGCGAGUGUGGGAUGUGGAGACGGAGAGCUGCUUGCAGGUGCUCAGUGGACACGACGGAGCUGUGGAGAGGGUGGCGUGGGCACAGGACGGGAGCACAAUCGCAACGUCCGUGUCUGGUGACGGGGGCGUGAGACUGAUCGACACAGAGACGUGGGAGGUACACCAAGUGCUGGCCGGGCAGGACUUAGCGUGGGGUCAGAACGGGAGUUGUAUCGCCACAGGGUCGGAAGAUGGGAGUGUCAAGGUCUGGUCGAGGCCAGCUUGGACGGGUCACGGGGUCGACUUUCUUCUGGCACAUGAUUUCAACCGGGAGGAGAGGAGCCUUAUAUGUGGAGGGGCCCAGCUGAGGGAGGAUGCUCUGCCAACAGUUUACAAGAGUUUGCUUGUGGGCAGAGGAGCCGUCACUGGAUGA